CCCCUUACUCCCCUUCCCACUAAAACUCGCAGCGACUCGCUACCAAUCUCCUCCCUCCGACCACCAGUUCCAGGGGCGCAGCUCAACCCCGUCAACCCCGUCCACGGUGCUACACCAAAUGUUUCCGCAGGAAUGGAAAGACGAAUAAUCACAUAAGAAUCCUAAAAUUUUGGUCGAAUCAACAAGAAAGGAAGCAACAUAUUCGGUUUAGGCGAGAAUGGAUUCUGGGCAUGGUAAAACUAGAGCGAAAGUAGAAGGUGAUAGACUAAGCAACUUACCUGAUGAUGUUAUCCACAAAAUCCUCUCUUUUAUUGGCAUUAAACAAGCAGUCGAAACAAGUGCCUUGUCAUCUAGAUGGAGGUAUGUCUGGACUUCAAUGCCCUAUCUCAAUUUCUUAGGCAAUGAUUUCCGUUCAUUGCGCAAGUUCUCCACAUUUGUUGAACAUGUUCUCUCUGCUCGGAAUAAUCAAACAGAGGUGCAUUCUGUCGAGCUCGCUUUUCGUGGAAAGGUUACCCAGGUGUUUGUCAAAAGAAUUUUGGACUAUGCAUUCUCCUACAAUGUUCAAAAACUGAAUAUUACUUUCUUUCGUGGAAAGAAGAACGUGUUCCCUCUUUCUCUAUUUAAUUCUCAGUCUCUCAAACAUCUCACUUUGACUGCGAGUAUUUAUGACCGUUCCCGUAUGACCCAACCUGUUUGGGAGCUGCCAGCUCUAGAAACAUUGAAUCUCCAUUAUUUAACGUUGUAUCAUGACAAUACCGACAAGCGUGUUAGUCUUUUCUCCAACUGUGCAAACUUGCAGAAUCUCACCUUAAAGAAGUGUAGACUGAUGGGCUUGAAUGGUUUUAACAUAUGUCAUCCGGGACUAUCUAGUCUAACACUUGAAGAACCUGAAGAUGAUUGCAACUGUAUCAAUGUGGUUACACCUCAACUCAAGACUCUCACUAUAACAUAUUGGGACGGGAACGUUUCGAUUUCUGCACCCAACCUUUCCUCUUUGUGUUAUAAAGAUAGAUAUGGUCCUUUAAAGCUUUCCGCCGACUUUCUCCAGCUAGAGACGGUGGAUAUAUGUAUAUCCUCUUACUCUCAAGAUAAGGAAGAUGCUCAUGAAAUUGUUUGUAUGCUUCAACAAAUUCAUAGUGUCAAAUUUCUUACACUUAACUUGGAACUUAUCGAGGUAUACUUUUACUGGGCUUUAAUGUCAUCGCUCUCAUAUAAUAAAGAAUACCCCAAUUUAAACCUUGGGCAUACUCUUGUGAUAGCCAAAAACAUUAAAAAGAUUAGUACUAACAAGGUCAAUUCUUUCUUGACUGAGGUAUGUUGA